AUGAGCGCCGAAGCUCCCAAAAUCGUCGACCCCGAUGCCAAGGCGGCACCCAAGCCAGACACCAAGGAACUGGCCAAACCAGCAAAGGCUUCGAAGCCAAGAAUCGACUGCAUUGAUGGCUGCCGCUUUGCCCUCGUUUUCCCCAUUGUGGUGGCACACUUUGCACGAUUCAGCACCAACAAUUUGACGGCUUUGAAACUUCUGACCCAGGAGAAUGUCUUGGUUGGCGGUUUCUUUGUGAUCAGUGGAUACGUCUCGGCUUACACCACCACCAAGCUGGGAGCAAUUGGAGUAGAAGAGAAGAAAGUGGCAAAUCCAGAGCUCUUCUUUUGGCAAAGGGUGAUGGCGUACUAUCCACUCCACUUCGCCAGUUCAGCCCUUUUUGCUCCCAUGUUCAUUUGGGUGGAGAGGAAUUUCAAUGCCACGUGGAAGAUGAUUGCGUUCCGUGCAUUUUUGAAUUUCAGCAUGCUGCAGGGAGGUCUCCAGAAGCUCUUGAUGGCUUUGACUGGAAUCUCUUUGUUGCAGAAAGUCUCCUAUUCUGAGACUGCUCGUUUCCACAGCAGCAAGGAACAUCCUGUGGAUGGCAAGGUGAUGCAUCCUUUGAUUUGGAACUUGACCCGUUUCCACCCAUUCUGGGCGCUGAUGGAGAUGACGAUGGGCAUUGUGGCUGCUCGACAUGUGAUGUUGGACACUGAGGAAGAUAAGAAGAAACCCAAGAUGAACCCAAUUUGGCUUUUCCUGGCGGCCUACGCUUCGCUGGGUUUGCGCCUUACUCAGUUCGACUUCAACGACGCCAUCGUGCGUGGAGUGCUCUUUGUGCCGAUCUUCACCAAGUUCUUGACGGCCAUGCACCGAGAUGCACUGUCUUCCGAGCCAUCUGCCACCACGAGGUUCUUCGGAUGCAAGACGAUGGCCACCCUUGGUUCCAUCGCCUUCCCAAUGUUCAUUGUCCAUGGACCUUUGGGCCAAAUCUUUUACAAGAAGGCCAUUGCCAAGAAGCUUUGGGGAAAGCCAAUGCCACAUGCUUUCUUCCCAUUCUACCUGGCCAUUUGCUUGGGCAUCAGCCAUUUGGUGAAUGAGCACUUCGUGAAGAACAAGAAGGUGGGUGCAUUUGCCGGCAAGGUGGCUCAAAAAUUGGCUGGCUGGACUGAAGGCAUGUUGCGUGACAAGU